AUGCCACUGGAUGCUCCACCGCCCUGCGCUGAUGCUGAAACAAAGGGCUGGGAUAAAACGUUCUCUCCACUCGCGACACUGAAGAUGAUUGAGGAGCGGGGUGACAGUGAUCUAAUGGAAAAGAUCCUGACUACCACGAACAACAAAGGCGACUCUCUUUUUACAGAGUGCCGCCUUCGAAAAGACUUGAAUCAGGACUUCCGGUCUUACCUCAAGCGACUGAUCUUCGAUAAGGUCAAAAAGGUCCCUGAUCUCCGAAAGGUUUCCAUAGAUGUGAUUCUCCUGAAAUCAACAAAGGACUACUAUGAUGAAGAGACUCGAAAGCAACAUGAAAAUAUGACUUUGCGGUACGCAUACCGCCUGAAAGACCAUGCGAAACGCAAAAAUGCCUAUGAACUCGAGGUUAAACAUAAUGCAAAGUGGUAUUAUCCUCUUGCAUCGCUUGAUCCCGAUGAAACAGCAGCACAAGUUCUUCAGCAUCCUUUCACUGGACAGUUGAAGUCAUUCUUCAGUACUCUAGAGGAACUUUUGAAUAGAAACUCGAGAACCGAGGCUGGUAACAUAACAGAAGAGCAAAUGCAAAUUGAGCGUCUCUGUGGAUUGGCGCUUCAUCCCAAUGAUAAUCCUUUUGCCGAUCCAGAUUCCAAACCACAAGACAGGAGAAUCAAGGUUGCCAUAAUUGACAAUGGUGCCGACAGAGUCCGUUUUGCUUACCGUCAUUUGAUUGCCAAAGGUCAAUCAUAUGUCAACGCGGAAGUAACGGGCUCUGACCGGUUACUACCAUGGUGGAUGGUCUCUGACCCACACGGAACACAGAUGGCGUCACUUAUCGGCCAAACGAACCCCUACUGCAGUCUUUAUGUAGCGAGAGUGGGUAGAGGCCGAAACGAUAUCCAGCCCGAGGCUGCCACAAAGGCAAUCCAUUGGGCGAUUGAAAACUGCGUGGAUAUCAUAUCCAUCAGUUGGACACUCAACAAGGCAAAUGCAGAGCUCAACAAGGCAAUCGAAUCUGCAUAUGAAAAUGGAAUCAUUGUCUUCUGCUCGACUGCAGACGAGGGGGCUUUAUCGAAUGCUGAGCCUGUUGGUCAAGCAGCCCAUGUCCUAACUGUGAGCGCGACGGACCAAUGGGGACACUUGACUUCCAAGGCGACUUCGUCGCGAAAAGUUGAUGUGCUCGUUCCUGUAGAAAACAUCGAUGCCCCUGCGCCCGAUUACAUGAUCAAUCAGAGUAACACCGUGUCAGGAUCGAGCGUGGCUACGGCGCUAGCUGCGGGCAUUGCUUCUCUGGCGCUUCUUAUGCUGAGAGCCUUUAACGGAGAGGAAUGGGAUGACGAAAUGAAGGACGCAUCAUCUGCAUAUCAUAUGAGGAAUAGGAUCAAGAAUGUCUUUGGAUUGAUGGCUGAGCCUAACACUGCUAUCAAACUAACAAGACUGUUUUCUAAUGGGUCUGAUUAUGAUACGGUGCUAGAUGAACUGAUACAGCGUUGGCAAAAGGUUAAACCUGAUAAUUCAUAA